UGGAGCGGAGGAGUCGAGCCCCAGAGCCCCCCGAGAGGGGCUCAGGAUCUCGCUCGAGCUGGAGGGAGGGAAGGCGGGAGACGCUGGGUCGCCGUGUGUUUGUGUUCCUGGAAGGUUGUGGUGUUAUAGCCCCUGAUCCUUGAAGUCCUUAAUCAGUAAGAGUUGGUAACAGGCCAGACUAGAAGUUCAGGCAAGGCUUUGUUGGAGCUUAUGGUGCAGCAGGAGGGAGCGAAAACAAGCAACAGGCGCCCUUCCUAGCUCGUCUUGACGGGUGAGGGUGGGCGCGGGUCCAGGGGUCAUGCCAGAGUGAUGAGUUGGGUGGUCUGCCCGCCCUCUGGGUGUUGCAGUGUGCAGGGAUCAUGCCUGGCACCCAGCUUUUGCUCCGUGCACCUCAGAAGUAGCAGUGUAGUUUAUGACUUUUUGUUGUUUAUAAUUUGCUCCAGCUGGGCAAGUGCACAGUUAUUUUUAGUCCCACAUAGUUUCUGGGUAUUCUGUUGCUGGAGGAGACAUUUGUCCAAGUGCAGGCGUUGCCGCAAAGGGCCGCAGCUCCCAGUCUGUCUUAUCAGCACCACCUUAAGUAUAUAACACAGAAUCCCGGGUUCUUGACGGUGGAAGGAACCCUGGUGGGCUGGUCUGACCGCUGUCUGGUGGCUACAUAGAUGCCUUGCCCACCAACUUGGUCUCAGUGUCACAGCAGUCAUACCAGCUUUUUCUGUGUACCACAUGCUUUAAGCUACCCUGUGAGAGGGGUCCAGUGUGAUGCCACAAAGACUUGGGGCCUUGAUCAAGAGCACCCAGCCGCCUGGGAAUCGUGCUGGAGCUAAGGCCGGGCCGUGACCCAGCCUCUCCAACGCUUGGCAGAGCUAACCAAGACAGGGCUGGAACAACUGUGCUUCUACCUGAUGGUGUCGGGGCCACGGGAGAGGAGACCCAGCUGUGCCACGACCGUGGCUACCUGGUGACCCAGGAUGAGCUGGACCAGACACUGGAGGAGUUCAAGGCCCAGUUUGGGGACAAGCCCAGUGAAGGGCGUCCGAGGCGCACGGACCUCACGGUGCUAGUGGCGCACAACGAUGACCCCACCGACCAGAUGUUCGUCUUCUUCCCAGAGGAGCCCAAGGUGGGCAUCAAGACCAUCAAGGUGUACUGUCAGCGCAUGCAGGAAGAGAACAUCACGCGUGCCCUCAUUGUGGUGCAGCAGGGCAUGACGCCCUCUGCCAAGCAGUCCCUGGUUGACAUGGCACCCAAGUACAUCUUGGAGCAGUUUCUGCAGCAGGAGUUGCUCAUCAACAUCACAGAGCACGAGCUGGUCCCAGAGCAUGUGGUCAUGACCAAGGAAGAGGUGACGGAGCUGCUGGCCCGGUAUAAACUCCGAGAGAACCAGCUGCCCAGGAUCCAGGCAGGAGACCCUGUGGCGCGGUACUUUGGGAUAAAGCGCGGACAGGUGGUGAAGAUCAUCCGGCCGAGCGAGACUGCGGGCAGGUACAUCACCUACCGGCUGGUACAGUAGCUGCCUGUGGACAGACAGCUGGCGUCGAGGGGCCAGGCAGUGGCAUUCAUCCCACUCCUGUGAGCGCGCCCCACCACUUCCGUCUCUGGAGGCAGCCCCAGUUCCGGCCUGGUUGUGCCCAGCUUCUGUGACGAUCAGUCACAGAUCACAUGAUUAACUGCCUGUUUCUCUCCCAGCAUGUCCCCUGGGGGACAGAGAGACGGUCGUGACCACCCCCUCACUCCACCCCACCCCCGCCACUCCUGGCCAGGAGUGUGGGAGCUGGUUGCCUUGUGAACCUUGCCUCUGCUCCCCCUGGAUCCUAGGGCGCUUUGCCUUGCGCCAUGGAUCUGCCUUUCCUGGGCUGAGAGUGAGUCCCUGCAGCCUCUCCUGGAUGCCAAGCCCUGGCCCUGGAUCCCAGCUGACGGUGCCUCUGGAGGGGCCAGGACACCUCAGGGUGGCCCGGCAUUCUCUGGCCUCAACUUGCUGUGUCCCCCACGGUGGCCCUGAUGCUGCCUGUCCAGGGGCUCUGAGGACAGUGGUGGUGAGAUGGAAACUGGGAUUUGGUUGCUUUGGAAUGCUGGGCAUCUUAAAGAAUUAAAGCUAUUUUGAGUAAUAAGUUCACUCAUCUGAAGACCAAGGCAAAACAACAUUGGGUUUGCUGUGAGCAGUCUUGCUCAGGCUCUAAGCCACUCCACAGGGUCACUGCCCACUUCCCCUGGAGGGGUGGGCAGGGGUGGGGCUCCAGCAUGCCCUCUAGCUUUGCUUCUUGGUGCUCUUCUUCCAUAGCAGUUGGAGGUCAGACUACCUAGUUUUCCUCUAUACUAACUUCAGAGGCCUCCCUCCCCAGGCUAAGUGCCAUUGUUUGUAUUUUUAAUUAAUAGCUUUAUUGACAUGCUAUCUACGUACCAUACAGUUAACCCGUUUAAAGUUCAUGGUUCUGUGAUUUUUAGUACAUGCACAGUUGUGCACCACAGUCAACUGUGGAACAUUCCAUCACCCUAAAAAAAAGCCCCAUCCUGUUAGCAGUCACCCCAGCCCAACUACCACUAACUCUGUCAAUCUGCCUGUUCUGGACCUUUCCCAUCAGUGGAAUCACACCCUGUAUGUCCUUCUGUGUCUGCUUCUCUCCUGAGUAUCGUGUUCUCAGGGUCUGUCCACAUGGUAGCGAAUGUCAGGGCUUCUCUCCUCUUCCUGGCUGAGGGACACUCCUGUGUGUGGAGGGACACUGUGUUUCUUCUUCAUCUGAUGGACCCGCGUUAUUUCUAUGGUGAGUAGUGUUGCUGGGAGCGUCCAGGUACACAUUGCUGUGGUUGUAUUUAUUUUUCUGGGUGUGGUGUGUACCUUGGAGUAGAAAUUAGUCUUGACAGAAGCUCUGGUCACUCUUUGGAGAAGCUGUCAGACUCUUCCCUGUGGCUGCCCUGUUUCUCAUUCCGGAGCCCCAUAUAGAGGUCCCAGGGUCUCCACCUCCUUGCCAGCACUGGUUCUUAUGGCCUGGGGGGCGGGGAGGGGGUACAGGGUGGCCAGUGGUGGCGCUGUGGUUCCAGUUCCCUUGCCAGGUGCUGGUGGUAGUGAGCAUGGGGCUUGCCAGCUGCCUGUGGGUUACCUCAGAUAUGUGUCUGUGCGCAGGUCCUUUGCCUCAUGUGUAACUGGGUUAUUUGUCUUCCAUUACUGAGUUUUAGGGGUUCUUUAUACAUCCUAGGCACAAAUUACAAAACAGUUUUCCAUGUUUUGUAUUUCUUAGGUGUCCCCAUGUAGUGUUUUUCUGACUGCCUUGGGUCUUAGUUGCAGCAUGUGUGGGAUGUUAGUUCCCCAACCAGGGAUCAAACCACCGCCUGCUGUGCUGGCAGGUGGAUUCUCAACCACGACCCCAGGGACAUCCAUCCCCCUGCAGUCUUUAUUUGUGGGUCUCAAAUUCUGGGUUUACUCCUGGGCAUCGUGUGACCUGGGGUGAUCACUUUCCCACAGACAGAUGGUGCUCUUGACGCUGUUUAUUGAGGAAUAGUGCUGCCCUGAGUUUCCACUCUCUUGUAGUGAAUGCAUAGACCCACGUGAGUCUGUGUUGAGGUCCUCUUUUCAUUGAUAAAUUUAGGUGGGUUUUUUUUUUUUUAUUUUAAAUUGGAGGAUGAUUGCUUUACAAUACUGUGUUGGUUUCUGCCACACAUCAACAUGAAUCCGCCGUAGGUAUAUAUAUGCCCCUCCCUCUGGAACAUCCCUCCCCAAAACUUAGGUUUUAAAAUCAUAAUUUUACAGUACAUCUUAACAGGCAAACAGGUCUCCCCUUUCUCCAAAACAGACAUACGUUGUUUUCCAAAACUGUCUCAGCCAGAAUAAGCCAGAUGUAGAGAGAAAAAUUCUGAUUCCAUUUACCUGGAAUCUUAAAGGAGUCAGGUCCACAGAGACAGAAGUAGAUGGUGCUGGGGGGUCAGGGACUGGGAGGAGAGAGGGAGUUGGUGUUUCCUGGGGACCAGAGUUUCAGUUUGGGAAGAUGAGAAUGUUCUGGAGAUGAUGGUGGGGAUGGUUGCACAACUGUGUGAAUGUGCUGUGCUUGUGAACUAUGCAAGUUAAAAUGGUAGAAACAGUAAACAUGUAGUUUACAGUC